AUGCCUCGCGGUCAGAAGAGUAAGCUCCGUGCCCGUGAGAAACACAACAAGGCCCGAAGUGAGAACCAGGGUCUGGGAGGUGCUCAGGCCACUUCAGCAGUGGAAGAAGAGGCCCCCUCCUCCACCCGUCAUCCUUUGGGGGAAAUACAGCCGAAUUUGCCUGCUACUGGGACACCUGACACUCCUGAAGUGCCUCAGAGUGCCCAGUUUGCCACCACUACUGAUGCAGCUGUUUCAAGCACAAAUUCAGAAGAAGGUGCCAGCGGCGAAUGUGAGGAAAGUUCCAACUCUUCACAGGCCACCAAGGGUUCAUGCAAAGACCCUUUAAACAAGAAGGUGGUUUCAUUGGUGCAGUUCCUGCUGAAGAAGUAUCAAAAUAAGGAGCUGAUUACAAAAGCAGACAUGCUGAAGUAUGUUAUGAAGAAGGACAAGAAUCACUUCCAUGAGAUCCUCAAGAGAGCCUCUGAGCACAUGGAGCUAGCCUUCGGUGUCGACCUGAAAGAAGUUGAUCCCAUCAGGCACUGCUAUGCCCUUGUCAGCAAAUUAGACCUCUCCGUCGAAGGAGGGCUGAGUGAUGAAGAGAACAUGCCCAAGACCGGCCUCCUGAUGAUUGUGCUAGGCGUGAUCUUCAUGAAAGGCAACUGUGCCCCCGAGGAGGAGAUUUGGGAAGUGCUGAAUAUGAUGGGCGUAUAUGCUGAGAGGAGGCACUUCAUCUAUGGAGAUCCCAAGAAGGUCAUCACUGAAGAUUUGGUGCAACUAAAGUACCUGGAGUACAGGCAGGUGCUCAACAGUGAUCCUCCACGCUAUGAAUUCCUGUGGGGUCCAAGGUCCCACGCUGAAACCAGCAAGAUGAAAAUUCUUGAGUUCUUGGCCAAGGUCCAUGAUACCGUACCCAGUGCCUUCCCAUCCCGGUAUGAAGAGGCUCUGAGAGAUGAAGAAGAGAGAACCUGA